AUGUCGCAAUCAUGUUCGAUAAACAAAUGUAUUCGUUCAUCGCGUGGUCUGUGUGAUUGUUGUCAACAAAAUCUUUGUUUACAACAUUUGAAUGAACAUAAUGCCUUGCUCAUUUCUCAAUUGAAUCCUUUAACUGAUGAAAUUAAUGCAUUUGAGGAUCGACUCAAUACAUUAAAUAUUCAAAAAAUAAUUGACCAUAGUCGUGAAAAACUUGAACAAUGGCGUGAAGAUUGUCAUAAAAAGAUUGAUUAUUUUUUCGAAAAGAAAUGUCAAGAACUUGACCAACUUGUUAACGAAAACGUUGGCCAACAACGAAGAGAGCUCAAUCAAAUUCAGAUGAAGAUAACUGAAUUCAUCAAUACACAAGAAACAACUCGUCAACAUAUCGAUUUAUUAACAUCAGCUAUUCGUCAGCUCGAAACAAAUAUGAACAACAUUGAACAAACACAUAUUACCGUCAAUACCCGUCCAUUAGUAAUAGAUGAAACAUUCAUUUUAAUUAAGAAAACAACCGAACAUGAACUUGAUCUAUCAACUCUUUCACCGAUCUACAGGACAACUCAUUCUCCGAUAGGAAGUUUCGAUUCAAUAACUUGCAAUGAUCGAUACUUACUGAUGCAUCAACAUCCAAAUUUAUGUUUCUUCAAUCGAGAAAUGAACAUAGUCAAACAAAUGUUAUGGUCUUACGGUGCUAUCCAGGACAUGUGUUGGUCGUCAACAUUAGAUCAAUUCAUUGUGCUUGAAACAAACAAUAUGUAUCUCAUCAACGAAAAUAGAAUGUCAAUUGAUAAUGUAUAUACAAUUGAAGAACGAAGAUGGAUAUCGUGUACUUGUUCUGACACAGUUCUCUUUGCAAGUACAAGCGGGCCUGCUUCAUCUAUUAUAGAAUUCAUCUUGUUUCCAGUGAUCGAAUCGAUUAAAGAAUGGAAAUGUCCUCUGACAUGUACCAAAGAUGAAGCUAUUGCUGAUACUGUUUACAAUAACGGAAAUCUUGCUCUGAUGGUUAUGAAUUUAUACCAGAAACCGGUGCGCAUUGAAUUGAGACAUGCAAAGACAUUCGAUUACAUCUGGUCACUACCACUUGAUAUUGCAUGCGUCAAAAAUAUAACAUUUCGUUGUUGUUCACUGACUUGUAAUGAAUGGCUCGUUGUUGACUAUGAAACUGCACGUCUGAUACAGAUUACAAAAGAUGGAAAAAUAAAGAAAACAAUUCAAUAUUAUCCUAGUCCCUAUCGUGCUUUUCUAUUCGACUCAAAUAAUCUGGCAAUAUUAGCUGUCGAUGGUGUUAAACUACAUACAAUUCAGUAA